AUGAGCGACACGUCAACCACAUUAAGCAAUACAAAGAAACGAAAACGGAAAAGAAAUAGACGGAAAGUGGUUAAUGCAUUAGGUACAAAUACUGCCGCGAUUGAAACCAAAGAUCAAAAUCAGGGUGAUGCAUUGGAGGAGGACAACAACCAUUCAAUAUACCAACAAACAUCAAAGAGAGUUAAAAUUGAUACUGUGAACAAUGUCAAUAAUAAGAAUGUAUGGAAUGGCAAUGAAUUAGACUGUGACUAUUCUGCAAUUAGCCUUGAUAUUGAAACGAUGCCGCCACAUCUACUAAAAUAUUGGUAUCAACGAUACGUGUUAUUCUCUCGUUAUGAUGAAGGAAUACUUAUGGACGAAGAGGGGUGGUAUUCAGUGACACCUGAAGAUUUUGCAAAGCAUAUUGCAGAACGAUGUGCCUGUGGGACUAUAAUCGAUGCAUGUUGUGGAGUUGGCGGAAAUGCUAUUCAGUUUGCUUUUACGUGUGAUAAAGUUAUUGCAAUCGAUAACAACCUAACAAGAUUACAUUGUGCGAAAACGAAUGCUAAAAUUUAUGGAGUGGAGGAUCGGAUUGAAUUUAUACAUGGGGAUUUCUUUGAAUUGGCGCCAAAACUACAAGCUGACGUAGUAUUCCUUAGUCCUCCUUGGGGAGGACCUACAUAUCUAGAUUGCGUAGAGUUUGACAUCAAGACGAUGAUUACUAUCGAUGGUAUGAAAUUAUACAAGAGAGCAAAGAUAAUUACAAAGAACAUCGCAUAUUAUCUUCCACGACAUGUGAACAUCUAUCAGCUUCGAUUGCUUGCAGGCACAGGCAACACGGUAGAGGUACAAGAGAUGCGCGUCAAUGAUACCCUGAAAGCAAACGUCGCAUAUUUCGGUGAACUAGUAGUGGAACCAUAA